AUGCCUAACAUUAAGCUUCCAUACGCAAAACUGUUUGGUAAUACACACGAUCAAAAUAAUCAAGUCAAUAAAACACAGAAUAACAACAACUCGUCACUUCCAAUAAUAAACAUUGCCGCACCAUUUCCAGAUAUCCAAACAUACUACAAUGUCCCAUUCGAAUGUUAUCUGCCAUUAACCAUAACAUAUUUCAGUUUAUCACCUAAUAGAGAUUUAUCACAUCUUAUAUUCAGUAUACAGAGUUAUGUUCCGGAAGAUACAUCGAAAUGGGUGAAUUUCGAUCAAGGGUUACGUAAAUUUAGUGGAAUUCCACCAAGAAAAGCUGCUUCGGAAACAAUGGUGGCUCUGUCGGUUGAUGAUGAGUUAAUGGAAAGAAGUGCAGUGGUCACUAGUUUUCGUAUUUUGGUUUCGUUUGGUCCUAGUGGAAAAAUUGAGUUACCGGAAAAGGUUAUUGCGAUAUUGAUUGCAUUUGUUGUGAUGAUUGUAAUUUUGGUGGUGUUUGUUGUGCUCGCUACGAUGUGGAAGAGAUAUUGUCGAUUUCGUCCUGAUUGUUGA